AUCUGCUGAUCAGCAACACACAAGGUUUUCACCCAAUUAACGCGCCAGGCAAUUACGUAUGCUCCGGUACAUAUUACAUUUUCAACUUCGUUGUAGGUUACCUACUUAUAUUGAUUGUCACGGGUAAUAGCGCAUUGCAAGAUAACAUUUCAAGUAACAAGGUUAGCGAAAAGCCGCUCAACUAAGCAAAGGAAGGGGCAGUUAUGUAGUGCAAUUAGAGUAGCCUUCCACGUAAGAAGUAAAGCUUUAGAUACUAUUAUAUAGAAGGUAUCUGCCCAUAUCGGUCAAAUAUCAGGGGACAGAGACAUGACAGUCAUCUGGCAGAAAGUCGGUACUGACGAGUUAGUUUCAGAAAGCACUCGUCGUAGUUAACAUAAACGGUAAUGAUAUGAAGAUGGUUUGCAUUGUAUUAAUUGAUUGAUUCGUUGAGAGAUACGCGCAGUCGAAGAUAAAUCGAAUUAAUUAAGUAUAUAUAUGAUUCAAAACUAGAAAGGAGCAAUCCAAUGGAUUUUUGCAAUCUAGAUAUUCCGGGUUUUAAUUUGCAAAGAGAACGAGCGGGUAUGUAGUCUGUCUGUUUUUAAACACGCAGUGAACAGCAAGUAAGAUCGAAAUCUAAGGCGCUGAGUUUAGGUUUCAAUGCUGUUAAAAGUGGGUAACUUCGAUUUUGUAUGAUCUACAGGCUAGCCUCAACGUGUGAAUGUAAAAUUAGUUUAACCUAUUCACGAGGGAGCAAGUCUUGCAAACGAAACUUUGCAUAAUCGUUAUUGUCCGAUAUAAUAAGUGUUGUUCAAAACCAAGGAAGAUUAACAGCUUAUGUAUUACGAGAUGAACUAGAACCUAUGUGAGUUAAAACGGCUUCAAGAAAGACACAUAUGGAGAAGUUGUCAAUCCAAAAAUUGACCCUGGAAACACUACGCUGUCUGAAAUAUAUCUUACUUUCGAAAAAAGGUUUGCUAAAUAAUUUUAGAUCUACUUGCUCUUCUCGAAUACAGUCGAUGCGUGCCUAUAUGGAACGGAUGUUAAACUCCGACAUUCCAUGAAUCCAUUCAGUGGGUGAUUUUUUUGCAAUUAAAUUUCGUUUAUUUUAAUUAUAAAUCAUCCCUAGUUGAAAAGCAAGCAUUUUUCUAAAGACUUUUUGAAGUCAGGCCUGAUCUCGAUAUCUUUUCGAUUGUCUCAAAAUCGAGCACACCUCUUGUAAGCUGCGCUUUGUCCGUCGUUAACUUCUCCUUUUGCUGUGUCUGCCAUAGUUUAGAUACACAUGAUAAUUUUCGUUUUCAAGGCAAACAUUAUAUACAGAUUCGUUAGUCCUCCAUAUUGUUUGGCGUUACAGCAUUGAAACAUCAUUAUGCAAACGUACAAUUGUAUGGGCCGGGAAUUUGGAGUCGAUUGUGUAUUUUAGGUGUUGGCCGAUUGCUUGAUUACAUGUAAAAUUUUCUGGUUCCCUAGCAUGCAUGACGAACGAAGCCAAACAACUGAGGUUUUUAGAGGUGUUUCAGGGAUUCAAAACGAAGUUUUACUUCUGUGCUGGCACAACCAUAUCGUAUAGCAUGGCUUAGAAAGGAACUAACUGGAAGCGAUGUAGUUAUUUUGUUGUCUUCCACUUCAGCAUUAGCGGCAUAGCGCUGAUUCGAGAGAACAGCUAGAAUGGAUGAUGUUGUCUUCUGUGUCGGGUAGUUUCGGUUUCACUCGCACCUUGCAAACAGGGAGACUAUCAAACGUAAACAAACACAGACGAGCAUGAAAAUUGAACGCGGCCUCCACGCAGUUCAAGGUAAAACACGAAAGCUAGCGGGAUUCGCCACUGCCCCUCUAUUGUAUUCACUUGUCAAAGGUGCUAUUCCCACCGGGCUGCCAGACGUUGCAAAGUGGUUCGAUCUUCGUUUUGUACUUAAGGUUUUGUAUGCGCAAGAUAAAAUGCCUCCCAAAAGGUCGUCACCGAAGAAGCUUCCAGCAAGACAAAAUCUAAAUAACUUCAUGCAUCAUCGCAACGUUUAUUUUAACAACCCCCCAGACUUUUCUCGGCUGGCGCUCGAAUUCGAAGAGUUCCGCAAAAUUUCGACUGUUGGUCUAAAUGGUAAAGUGUCUGUCGACUUCUCCCAACCGGCUACAAUGCGGAUACUUUCCAGAUGCUUGCUCAAAAGUGAUUUUGACCUUGACGUCUAUAUUCCACAAGGCUUUCUGGCUCCUACUGUUCCUCAGCGGUUGAACUAUCUUCUAUGGUGUGAAGACAUUGUUUCAUUAGCGUUAGGGAAAACCCACUCUGUGCGGGCCGUUGAUUUUGGAACCGGCUCAAGUUGUGUACUCCCAUUGCUUGGAGUCCGGCAGUGUUCUUGGAGGUUUACGGCAGUCGAAGCGAAUUUAGACGCAUUCAAUUUUGCAAAGGACAACAUUGAACGAAAUCAACUUAAAGACUUCAUUUCAUUAAUCAAAACCUCUGAAGGUAAAAUUCACUUUGACGAGUUUCUCCAGGAGAACGACACAUUUGAUAUUCUACUAUGCAAUCCUCCGUUCUAUAAAGAUUCUUGGGAAUCAGACGCGUUUUCAAAGGCUGACGUACAAGGACGACCGCUACCAAAGAGUGACUGCGAUGGAACUGAGGAUGAAAAAAUAACAACUGGAGGCGAAUUUCAAUUUGUAAUGAGCAUUUUUGAGCAAAGUCUGCUUCACAAGGAACACAUUCGAGUGGUGACGGCGAUGCUUGGUAAAAAAAAAGACCUGAAGCAAAUGACAAAGUUUCUUCAGGACAGAAAUGUUCAAUAUACGACAACUGAAUUUUGCCAAGGUAAAACGAUGCGAUGGGGGCUUGCAUGGUCUCAUUCGGAAGAUGUCAAGCUCGCGCUUACUCCACAAAUGAAACACGUGACCCCUAAACCACCAAUGGUUUUUGAUUUGCCAAAAUUUAUUCCUGGUGUUAAGUAUACAACGGAAGCUGUCUGUACAAGGCUGAAGGAGCUUCUGGCCAACGUGCAAGUAAAAUUCAUUCCUAUCACGGAAGGAAAACAUAAUUGCCAUCUCUGGGUUCUGGCAGAGAAGAACACACUCGCUGGUCAGAGACGACGUAGAAGGGAAAGAGAGCGGAAAUCUUCUCGUAAUGCUAUCGUUUCGAAAGUACCAAGUGAGCUUCUUCACGAAGCUGCAAAGGCUGUGAAAAUAAAAAGUACUGAAAUGAUAGUAUGUGAAACAAGCCACUUCCAAAGGAGUAAAAGGACGCGAUCCUCCGACGAGGAAGCGGUGGAAGACAAUGACGAUGAUUUGCCUUCAAUCGGAAGCUCUCCAAUGGAUUGCAAGAGUUUAGAAAAUGGCGAAGCACCAUCAAAGCGCAGCUUUGUUUACAGAGAUGACAUUUCAGAAUAUUUUCUCAACUGUGACGUACGUGUAAGACGUACAGCCUCUGGCCUUAUAAUACAGUUGCAAAACAGAGAUCCUCGACAAGACCGGGACUCUUUAUGCCAGCUGCAGCAGUAUCUUAAGAAUAAUUUAUGUUCACAGCCAAAGGAGCUUGCUCUCACCCUUAAAAUGGUUGUAUGAAUUGUACAAAGUUCAAGUUUACUUCAAUUAUUUCGUGUAAUUAUAUGAAGCUAACAAUAAUUACGGCAUUUGAGGUCACAAUCGGUAUUAUUCAUUUUUGCCAAACUAGAACUGUGUUUUUCCAAACUGAUCAUUCCUAUAUUGUAAUGUUGUAUCAUAAUCGAAUAUGAUCGGGUUUUCUUGGAGAGCUAAUGUAUUAGCAUAUGCGCUCAGAUAGACGCAAUGAAGAAAUGCAAAAUUAAAAAAAGGUUUGUUAGUGUUUAGUUAAUAUUUAACUAAUGUAGACAAGCCUCAGUCUGUGUAGUUGAGCAACUCACGCCGGUGUUGAAUAAAUAAGUCUAAAGAUGAGCAAAUUUACAGACUUGACAAUAAACAAACUUGCGUAAUGAUAAAUGUGUAAAUAAUUGCAAAUUUAAUAAAGUUGUACGUUAUUCUUUGUGGUCUUGGUGAUCUUUUACUUUAGAAUUUGAAGCUAGCUUGUCAUCACUACAGCAAUCAGCAUUUUUCUAAAAAUUUGCAAAGAUGCAGUCUGUACUUUCACGAGCGUUAUUGUAAGAACUAUUCCUCAAGAUACAUAAGUCUUCGUCUCCACAGAAAUCUAAGUUAAAUUUGCUACGAGUUGCUUUUUCUACCGAAUACAACUAUAAUGACAAAUAUUAGCAAAGCAUAUGUCUUCAGCUAGCGUGUGCUAUCCUAGCUGAGAACACAUUGUUUAUAUAUUCAAUUCUUGCUACCCUUGACUGGCCUCACGGUAAGAGUGUUUAUGAUGUUAUUUGUCGAAUUUUAAAAGUUCUAUUAAGUAAGCCUAACAAAUUGUAUCCGACGGUCUAUUAAAAAAGUAAUUGGCUGAUGAAAGCUAUGCUCUAAUAGUUUACAACGAACAGGUGUGGUACGUUUGAUUUAAGUCAGGUAUUCGGAUAACGUUCUUUGCAUGGAUUCAAUACUUUUCAGUUCAGCGCUUCCAAUAUAUAUCCACAUAAUUGUAACCGUAUUAACUAAUAGUAGAUCAAAAGUCAAAGAUAGAAGGGUAAAGAAAUAAGUACAGAAAAGGCAAGAAAGCACGGAAAGUCUAAAAAAAUUAAGCGCUGUGGUUUGUAUGGACAAUCCGACUAUAAAAAAUAAGCCUUUACCAAAGACAGCCACUCGUUUCUGAAUCUACUUCUAUAACAAUAACGUUUUAAAGCAUUUUGUGCAAUAACGAUUGUGAUCAUGCCACUUCGCGCCAUAGAAUUCUGGCUCGGAUUUUUCUAGGAAAAAAAUCGUAGCAUUCAUAUAUACACACAUUCAGGACACGGCACCUGAACUGGGUCGUAACGGGCAUGCAGAGCUAUUAUCCAAUCUCUUCGCACUGAACGAACCCCUAGCAAAAGCGGAGAGGUUUGCAGAAAGUAGCAGUACAAGACAGUACCGCAUCUUCUACGUGCAAGCUUCUUUUGGUUUGCCUCAUUGAACUCUUCUUCAGGUGCUUGAUAAGCUGCAUGAAAAUUGUAAAUGACCCAGACCGUCAACUUAGGGGCAAACAAGAAGAAUCUUGAUAGGUUUUUAAGGGUCUAAAUCAAAAUGACUCAAAAAGCCGUUUAUGAUAACCUGCAUUUUUUAUACAGACAUUAAUAGCCAUUUUAGAGGAAAAUUUAAUUGCCACUGGCUCGUUCAGGUAAGUUCCAAGGGAUAGUUUUUUUCGCUUUUGCACUUUUUUCCACAUUUUGUACCUUCCAUCUUUUUAAGGCUGUGCAUUCGUGGAACUUUUGGAACCUAUAAAGGUCCAUUUGUUUGAAGAUAGAAAAAAUUGUUUGGAGAAUUAUGCGAAACGCUGCACUCUAUGACAAAGUGUAAUAUGGGUAGUAAGAAAGACACUUUUCUCAGCAGCCGAAGAUAAAACUGCCGCAGUUUAGGCCAUUACCACAUAUUAUGGGUACCGACGG